AUGGAUGGACGAGGGGCUCAGGCUGAAGUACGGCGUGAUACUGGGUCUUUCCCGCAUGAUUCGGACGAGGAGAUGAUGAAGGAUACGGGUAUCAUCCCGAACACCAGCGUCACGAGCAAGGUGGCCUUCAGGAGGGAUACAACCAUCCAGGAAGGGAAGGUGGUGCAGAGAACGUCCAACCUUGGCUCACUCCAAAACCUGACCGGUCACAAGGCACAAUGA